AUGCUGCCCCGCCGCGCCCCGGCGCCCGGUGCGCAGCUGCUGCCCGCGCCCGCCCUGCUGCUGCUCCUGCUGCUCGGCGCGGGGCCCCGCAGCGGCUGUCUGGCCAGCCCGGUCCCUGCCGCGUCCUUGUCCGUGUCGGGGCCAUGCGGCGCACAGCCCUGCCGGAACGGGGGUGUGUGCACCCCGCGCCCCGCGCCCGGCCCGCAGUCCCCGGACGCCGCCGGCGACCCCGGCUACAGCUGCACCUGUCCCGCCGGGAUCUCUGGCGCCAACUGCCAGCUUGUUGUGGAUCCUUGCGCCAGCAACCCGUGUCACCAUGGCAACUGCAGCAGCAGCAACAGCAGCAGCGACGGCUACCUCUGCCUUUGCAAUGAAGGCUAUGAAGGUCCAGUCUGUGAACAGGCACUUCCCAGCGUCCCCGUCUCUGGCUGGACGGAGUCCAUGGCACCCAGACAGCUUCAGCCUGUCCCCACCACCCAGGAGCCUGACAUUAUCCUGCCCCGCUCUCAGGCCACCAUCACCCUGCCAACGUGGCAGCCGAAAACUGGGCAGAAAGUUGUAGAAAUGAAAUGGGAUCAAGUGGAGGCGAUUCCAGAUACUGCCUGUGGGAAUGCCAGUUCUAACAGCUCUGCGGGUGGCCGUCUGGUGUCCUUCGAGGUGCCACAGAACACUUCAGUCAAAAUUCGUCAAGAUGCCACUGCCUCACUGAUUUUGCUGUGGAAGGUCACGGCCACGGGAUUUCAACAGUGCUCCCUCAUAGAUGGACGGAGCGUGACCCUCCUCCAGACUCCCGGGGGCCUCGUCCUCUUGGAGGAGAUGCUUGCCUUGGGGCACAAUCACUUCAUCGGUUUUGUGAAUGAUUCUGUUACUAAAUCUAUCGUGGCUUUGCGCUUGACUCUGGUGGUGAAGGCCAGCACCUGUGCACCAGGAGAGAGCCACACAAACGACCUGGAGUGCUCGGGGAGAGGAAGGUGCACCACGAAGCCAUCAGAGGCAACUUUUUCGUGUAACUGUGAUGAUCAGUACACGGGUACUUUCUGUGAAGAAUUUGACGCCUGCCGGAGGAAACCCUGCCAGAACAAUGCAAGCUGUGUUGAUGCGAUUGAAAAGCAAGAUGGGGGCAACUUUACCUGUGUUUGCCUUGCUGGUUAUACUGGAGAGCUUUGCCAAUCCAAGAUUGACUACUGUAUCCUAGACCCAUGCAGAAAUGGAGCAACCUGCAUUUCUAAUCUCAGUGGAUUCACCUGCCAGUGUCCAGAAGGCUACCUGGGCGCUGCCUGCGAGGAGAAGGUGGACCCCUGCGCCUCGGGGCCCUGCCAGAACAACGGGACCUGCUACGCCGAGGGGCUGCACUUCGGCUGCAGCUGCAGUGCGGGCUUCACGGGCCCAGCCUGCGCGCAGCUCGUGGACUUCUGUGCGCUCAGCCCCUGCGCCCAUGGCACAUGCCGCAGCGUGGGCACCAGCUAUAAAUGCCUCUGUGACCCAGGCUACCAUGGCCUCUACUGUGAGGAGGAAUACGACGAGUGCCUCUCUGCCCCGUGCCUGAACGCCGCCACCUGCAGGGACCUUGUCAACGGCUAUGAGUGCGUGUGCCUGGCAGAGUACAAAGGAAUCCACUGUGAAUCCUACAAGGACCCCUGUGCUAACAUCAGCUGUCUGAACGGAGGCACCUGUGACAGUGAAGGCCUCAAUGGCACAUGUGUCUGCGCACCCGGGUUUACAGGUGAAGAGUGUGACAUCGACAUCAAUGAAUGUGACAGUAACCCCUGCCAUCACGCCGGUACCUGCCUGGACCAGCCCAAUGGUUAUACAUGCCACUGCCCACGUGGCUGGGUGGGAGCAAACUGCGAAAUCCACAUCCAGUGGAAGUCCGGGCACAUGGCGGAGAGCCUCACCAACAUGCCCCGGCACUCCCUCUACAUCAUCAUCGGCGCCCUCUGCGUCGCCUUCAUCCUGAUGCUCGUCAUCCUGAUUGUGGGGAUUUGCCGCAUCAGCCGCAUCGAGUACCAGGGCUCUUCCAGGCCGGCCUACGAGGAGUUCUACAACUGCCGCAGCAUCGACAGCGAGUUCAGCAGUGCCAUCGCCUCCAUCCGGCAUGCCAGGUUUGGAAAGAAAUCCCGGCCUGCGAUGUAUGAUGUGACCCCCAUCGCCUAUGAGGAUUACAGCCCCGAUGACAAGCCCUUGGUCACACUGAUUAAAACAAAAGAUUUGUAAUCUUUUGGGGGAUUAUUUUU